CCCCCCCCAUUGAGUACUUCUACACUGAGUGGCAGGAGAGUAGCGUCGAUCAUCGAGGACCCCCACCAUCCAGGUCAUGCUCUCUUCUCACUGCUGCCAUCAGGAGGAAGGUACAGGAGCCUCAGGACCCUCACCACCAGUGCCAUGUCGAGCAGAACUGAGAGCCAGCAUGGGAAGUGGACGGUGUCGAGCAGCGAUGAGGAGGACCCGAGGCCUGCCCAAGGAGCUGCUGGCCCAGGGCUGCACCCAGUCAGGAGAGACGAGGUGUCCGACUCUGAUGAAACGGUGAUUGACGAAGGGGAGUUGGAGGCGUGGCACCGUGGCCAGGUGCAGGGGGUUGCUAGGACAGAGGAGCAAGGUCUUCGCUCUCUCCAGCUCCCCCCCAGGUCAGUCAAAACCGAAUCAUAUGACCCCGCCCCCACAGCCAAACGGGUGAGACCCUCUUCCGAACUGGGCUGGGGGCUGUCCAGCAGCGACGAGGAGCCCGAGAGCAAAGUGUACGGGCAGCAGGUCAAGGAGGAGAGAGUAGAAGAGAAGAUCUCUGGUCCGAAAUCGAAGAAAGCCCGCCUGGGAGAACUGGACCACUGUGGCUCUGCGGAGGCAGAACAGAAACCAGAAUUGCAGGUGGCUGGCGGGCUACUGGAUAAAUGGGAUUUGCUGGGCAAAGAGCAGAUCUUAAGCUUUUAUCUGACCAAAGUGUCAGGAAUCUCGUCCAAGAACAACGCCUGUGCACUUCACAUAAAAGAUAUUCUAUCGCCACUCUUUGGGACAAUAGUAGCCUCUGCUCAGUUCAAUUAUUGCAUCGAUAUUCCUUGGCUUAUGAAGCAGUAUCCAGAAGAAUUCAGGACCAAGCCCUUGUUGAUCGUCCAUGGCGAGCAGAGACUGGCAAAGGCUCAGCUACAUGAGGAAGCUCACCCCUAUCCCAACAUCCGCCUCUGCCAGGCAAAGUUGGAAAUUGCCUAUGGGACCCACCACACGAAAAUGAUGUUGCUUUUAUACGAGGAAGGUUUUCGAGUUGUGAUCCACACUUCCAACUUAAUCCAUGACGAUUGGUACCAGAAGACACAGGGGAUAUGGGUGAGCCCUCUGUAUCCACGGUUACCAGAAGGGAGUCCUGAAACAGCCGGUGAAUCUGCCACAGGUUUCAAAGGGGAUUUGAUUGACUACCUGGCAUCUUACCGGUCAUCUGGGCUGUCUGAGUGGAUUGAUCAUGUUAAGCAGCAUGACUUAUCAUUAACCAGGGUUUAUCUCAUUGGUUCCACUCCUGGUCGUCACCAAGGUACCGAGAAGCAAAAAUGGGGUCACCUAAAACUCCGAAAGGUGCUGAGUGGCUGUGGGUCCUCCGUGGCAAGUCGGGAAUCGUGGCCUCUGAUUGGCCAGUUUUCCAGCAUCGGCUCCCUGGGAGGCGAUGGAACAAAAUGGUUGUGCUCGGAGUUUAAGGAGAGUCUCGCGACACUAGGCCCAGAUCAGAAAUGCCUGGGCAGUCUGAAGCCAUCUCCUCUCCAUUUGGUUUACCCGACAGUUGAGAACGUCCGAACAAGUUUGGAAGGAUAUCCGGGUGGGGGCUCUCUGCCAUAUGCCAUCGACACUGCUCAGAAGCAACCCUGGCUGACCUCAUUCCUUUGCCAGUGGUCUGCGGAGGUCACAGGUCGAAGUCGUGCCUUGCCCCACAUCAAGACGUACAUGAGGGUUUCGCCUGAUUUUGAGGAGCUCGCAUGGUUUCUUGUCACAAGCGCCAACCUCUCCAAGGCUGCCUGGGGAAUGCUGGAGAAAAACGGCAUUCAGCUGAUGAUCCGCUCUUACGAACUAGGAGUCCUGUACCUGCCCGAGGCCUUCGGGAUAGGAACAGGUCGAUUCUUGGUACAAAGAGGUCAACCGCCAGACUGCAAGCCACCAGAGAUGUUGUUUCCUGUCCCUUACGACCUUCCACCACAGCACUACGGUAACAGAGAUCGCCCAUGGAUCUGGAACAUUCCUUAUCUCCAUGCUCCCGACACCAAUGGGAAUGUCUGGGCCCCAUCGUGACUCGCAGAAUUUGAAGGAGGCACUUCCGCGCGCCCUGUUCCGGAUCGUUCUCCCAGACGGAAGAGCAGACGAGCAGAAUCCAGAAACUGCAGAGCAGUUUACAUGCUGACAUGCUGAAUCCCCACAUCACUUCCUGUUUGUAUUGUCGUUUAUAUCUCUGAUUUUUUUUUGCAGAAUAAAGUUUUUUUGUAAUGUG